UCUCUCAUCUCACUCUCAUCCAACUGCAUUUUCAACUAUAUAUUCUAUAUCUCUUCACUUCAAGUUUCUUGCCUUUCAUCUUGUAGUUCUAAUUAACUAAGGAAUAUGGAUGCAGUCACAUUCACCGCGGAGUUCACUAGCACGGUUGAGGCCGGGAGGUUGUUCAAGGCUUUGAUCCUUGAUGCACAAAACCUCAUCCCCAAGCUCAUGCCAGCGAUUAAGAAUAUUCAACUCGUUGAAGGCAAUGGUGGCCCCGGAAGCAUUCAACAAAUAACUAUUGUCGAAGGUACUAGCACCAAACAUGUGAAACAUAGAAUUGAUGCAAUAGACAAAGAGAAUUUCACAUAUAAUUAUUCAGUGAUCGACGACGAGGGUAAGCCGGAAAUCCUUGAAUUGGUUUCACAUGAGGUCAAGAUUGAACCUAGUAAAGAGGGUGGUUGCAAGAUCAAGAAUGUUAGCAAGUAUCAUCCCAAAAAAGGAGUUGAGAUUAAAGAAGAGGAAUUGAAGGCUUCUAGGGAGGAAGCAUUGGUUGUUCUCAAAGUAGUUGAUGCAUAUCUUGUUGCAAACCCGGAAGCCUAUGCUUGAAGUGAUCUUAUGAGAUAGCUUUGCAUAAUUACAUUAUAUUAUUAUGAUGUACUUUAAGUUUAAAUAGUUAAUAAGCUUAAUUUAUUUUGAAGCCAAGUAUGAUAUGGCUAAUAAUAAGACUUAAUUGUGUGUUUGUGCUUAUUGGGGUUGGAUAGGUAAGGUACAAUAAGAUUUAUUAUUGCAUGUUUGUUUGGAUAAAAUUGAUUUUGCGCAUUGAUCAAUUUUGUUUAAGUUUGAAAUAAAGUGAUAUAUAUA